AAGAAAAAGAAAAAAAAAAAUCUGUAAACAGAGAAAUCGAGCUUGAAGCUGAGAGACAAAGCCAUGCUUUCUUCAACUCUCACAUCUCAUCUCACCCAAGCAUAAAUCUUUCUUUCCACUUAUUUUUUUCAAAAUUUACCCGCAAAAUUAUCAAUUUUUUUUUCCUAAUUCUCAUCAUCUUGGUAUCAAAAUUUUCUUACUUUUUUGUUUGUCAUCUCCAAUCUUUCGAAUCAAAACCACGUCAAUUCCACUUUUGUUUUGGGUUUCUAGGCAUAUAUUCUCUUAUUGUUCAAGCUUUUGUGUCUCUUCUUUCGCUUUAUUGGACAAGAGAUGAUAAAUCCGGGUCACGGAAGAGGACCCGAUUCGAGUGUUGUUGGUGGGUCGUCGAACUCUGACCCGUUUCCGGCGGGUCUUCGAGUUCUCGUCGUCGACGAUGACAAAACUUGUCUUAAGAUCUUAGAGAGGAUGCUCAUGAAUUGUCUCUACAGAGUAACGAAAUGUAACAGAGCAGAGAUCGCAUUGUCUAUGCUCCGUAAAAACAAGAAUGGUUUCGAUAUUGUCAUCAGCGAUGUUCAUAUGCCUGACAUGGAUGGCUUCAAGCUCCUCGAACACGUUGGUCUAGAGAUGGAUUUACCUGUUAUCAUGAUGUCUGCGGAUGAUUCAAAGAGCGUUGUGUUGCAAGGAGUGACUCACGGUGCAGUGGAUUACCUAAUCAAACCAGUACGUAUCGAGGCUCUGAAGAAUAUAUGGCAGCAUGUGGUGAGGAAGAAGAGAAACGUUUCAGAACAUUCAGGAAGUGUUGAAGAUGUUGGUGGAGGAGACAGGCAACAGCAGAGGAAUGAUGCUGAUAACAACUCGUCUUCUGCUAAUGAAGGGAAUUGGAGGAGCUCGAGGAAGAGGAAAGAAGAGGAAGUAGAAGAACAGGGAGAAGAUAAAGAGGACACGUCGAGCUUGAAGAAACCACGUGUGGUUUGGUCUGUUGAGUUGCAUCAACAGUUUGUUGCUGCUGUGAAUCAGCUCGGUGUUGACAAAGCGGUUCCUAAGAAGAUCUUAGAGAUGAUGAAUGUACCAGGGCUAACACGAGAAAACGUAGCCAGUCACCUCCAGAAGUACAGGAUAUAUCUAAGACGGCUUGGAGGAGUAUCACAGCACCAGGGUGGUAAUAUGAACCAUUCGUUUAUGAAUGUUCAAGAUCCUCUUUCUACGUUGAAUGGAUUUGAUCUUCAAGCUUUAGCUGUUGCUGGUCAGAGCCUCGCACAUCUUCAAGCAGCUGGCCAUGGCCGGUCUUCACUCACUAAACCGGGGAUGUCUGUUCCACCUCUUGCAGAUCAAAGAAGCAUCUUCAGCUUCGAGAACCCGAAAACAAGACAGACCAUGAACCUUGUUGGUAAUAACAAGCAGAUGAAUCUGCUUCACGGUGUCCCAACGGGAAUGGAACCGAAACAAUUCACAGGCAGUCACAUGCGCGUGCAGCAAAAUGUUCAGAGUAGUGGAAUGCUGAUGCCUGUAGCGGAUCAGCUACCUCGAGGAGGGCCAGCGAUGUUACCGUCUCUCCGGCAACAGCCGAUGUUGUCAAGCAGCGUUUCAAGGAGAAGUGAUCUCACUGAUGCUGUGGCCAGCAGCCGAGUGUUACCAGCCACUACACAUUCGGUCUUUAACAGCUUCCCUUUGGCAAGUGCCCCGGGGAUAUCGAUUCCUGUGUCUGUUUCUUGCCAAGAAGAGGUCAACAGCUCAGACGCUAAAGGCGGUUCAUUAGCUGCUACAGGGUUUGGUAACCCGAGCUACGACAUAUUCAGCGAGUUUCCUCAGCAAAACAACAACAACAACAAGCGGAACGAUUGGGAUCUGCGGAAUAUCGGUUUGGUCUACAAUACUCAUCAGGACACAUCCGCUUUUUCAACUUCGGAAGCGUACUCUUCGUCUUCCACUCAGAGAAAAAGGCAGGAAGCAGAGUUAACGGAGCAGCAACAUCAGCCGCUAAACCGGAGUCUGAAUCACAUGAACCAGGUUUACAUGAAUGGUGGUGGCUCGGUUAGAGUGAAGUCAGAGAGAGUGGCGGAGACCGUGACUUGUCCUCCUGCAAUAACAAUGUUUCACGAGCAGUAUAAUCAAGAAGAUCUCUUGAGCGCUCUUCUCAAGCAGGAAGGUAUUCCAUCGGAGUUCGAUUUUGACGGAUACUCCAUCGAUAACAUUCCGGUCUGACCUCAGAUACUCUAAGAGUAGACUGCAAGAUUCUUUGUAGAAAGAGACUACAAAUGGCCAUAAUCAAAGGGAGAUAUAGAACGGCUUGUGUGUUGUAUCUUUAGAUGAUAUAUAAUCUGCAGGAAAUUCAAAAGCAGAUUAUAGAAACCAAUAAUUACUUCUUCUUUUUCCUGGUUAUUAGGAGUAAUGUGAAUUUCUUGGAGAUAUUUUGUAUUUUUGUCCCGAGUCUUACAUUGAGUUUUAGGAACAUUUGUGUAAAUAUGUUUCUUAUGCGUUUGUUGCUUCAUAAUAAUAAAAGAUACGGUGCUAAUCCGAUCAUCAAUGAA